GAACUCCAAGUGAUGAACAGCAAUGGCUUUUGACUUCUCUCCAACAAUUUGAACUUCGGGUGAAGACUCGAGAAAUGUUGUCAUCUUCAUGUUUGAGAAUGCUGACCAAUUUAUAAUCACUAAUGUCAUGACUCAUGAAUGAACCCAGAACCUAGUACUAGGGAUUAGAGAAUCAUAAGCUGUGAAACCUAAACUGUUUUGUAGCUGGGUUCCAUACAACUAUCUUAUCCAACUCGACCGAUUCUUUACGAAAAUCAAAUAAACGAAGACAAACUAAGCCAUUACUAGACGCCUCAGGAAAAAACCGCUGCAUUCUUGGACAGUUUAGGGAAGGUAAAUCCAAACCCAAAUGUGUUGAGACUCAUCGCGAAGCAAUGACACUGAACUUUCAUAGCAAACGAUACUCGUCUUCCUCUUAAAGAGAGGAGAGGUUUUGGGAUCCAACCGUUUGAGAAUUGAGAUGAAUGACAGUGAAGUAAGAGCUUUUUAUGAGAGCAUGCCACUGCUUUGAUACACACAUUAACCUAAGUAAAGAUUUCACCGGUAGUCUUGACAGUAUUUCUACCAUAACAUCUUCAACAAAACAAGUGCUCCUUACCUCUACUUUGCUUCUUCCUUCCAUUUCCAUUCUUUCAAAAAAGUAGCUAGAGAGCUCAAGAAUAACUAAUUUAAUUAGCUGGCAUAGAAGCCUUCUCGUAUAAGGAAAGGGAUCCUUAAUCCUAUUCCUGUUAGGAAAAAGAUGGUUACUUGGUCACUACUCCUUAAUUAACCCUAAUCCGUAAAGGAAAAGGAAAUCAAGCCAGACCUCAUUUUCCUAUAAAUAAGGCAGAAAUGGAAACCACAGAGCUCACUCACUUCGCUCACAAAACAACCAUCACAAUGGAGAAGGGAAGGUUAAUCCGUCUCAACGAUCACUGGGUCUCCAUCGCUAUAGACAAUCUUGAUUCUUUUGGGGAUGUUGGCUACCUAGACUUCAGGUUUCUCGAUCAACUCUUACCCCACUGCUCCAAAGAUCAGUUGAUUCACAUCGAGAAGAGCACAAAAGAUGUAGACCUGACUCCGACCACUGAUAAGUUGUGGAAGAGGUUCUUCGAGAGAGACUUCGGUGGCAAAACCACCGAUGAGGUGAUCCAGAAGAUGAAGAUCAAGAAAAUGAGUUUCAAGUGGUCGGAGUUGUACGAGGCCAAGUCGAAGAGGAUGGAAGAGGAUGAGAAAGAAGUAGGUGAAAGGUUAAAGAAGCUGUAUGAGAAAGAAGCUGCUCGGAAACAAAGCCGGCAAGUUAAGGUGUUGGACAAGGUUCCACCUUCUUCGUCAAGCAACAAAAGAACUGGGUCCAAGAAAGAGAGCAAGCUGAUGAGCAAAUUAAGGAAACAGCAUCUGAAUUGUCUGGAAGUGAGAAACAAUGAAGCUAUGAAGAUGAAGAGAACUGCUGCCAAGUGUUCUGGUCUCAUCAGGAAGCCAAGAACGAGUAUUAAAGCUAUGAACGUCUUUUGAAGCAUUGAUUAAUCUUGGUGGUGGCCUUCAGUCUUCCCUUUAGCUUGUAAACAAUUUAAAGAUGAACAUUUGUUAUUGAUUUCAAGAAAAAGAAAGAAAGAAGUUCUUU